AUGGUAUCUGUAUCCCAACAGGUCUGGAGUAACAGCGGAAGAGUGAAAAAUGUCAACCUCAUGGCACUGGAUAAACAUGGCAAAGUAUACACAGAUGGGCAGUUUGGAUGUCUUUCUUGGUCCAGCACAGAAGAAAGGAUCCUGUAUGUUGCAGAGAGAAGACGACCUAAAAAACAUCCACAUUCCCCUCAAGAUAGUUUCUUCAAAGAAAGAAAGAAGCCAAGUGAAGAGAGAGAGGAACAACAGUUUGUGUAUUAUGACAAUUGGGGAGAGGCACUGGGUGAUAAGAGUGUCCCAGUCCUGUGCGUAUUGAACAUUGAUACCAGCGAAGUUUUAGUUCUGGAUGGCAUCCCAGAGUACAUCUCACCUGGGCAGGCCUUUUGGUCCCCAGACAACAAGGGUAUAGUGUUUGUUGGCUGGUGGCAUGAGCCCUUCAGAUUAGGAUUGAGUGCUUGCUCAAACAGAAGGUCAGCCCUAUUCCUCUUGGAUCUCUCUGAAAACUGCUGUGAACAGCUUUCCUCAGAUAACCACUCUGUCUCCUCUCCCCGGCUCAGCCCAGAUGGAACUCGUCUUAUAUACUUGGAAGGACAAGUAUUUGGGCCUCAUCGCCAGUGCCUGAAACUACUAAUGCUGAAUUGGAAAACAAAGCACACAUCUACAGUGGUGGAUGUAGUCAGGACUACAACAGAUGGCUUUUUUGGAAUUUACCCCGGGGCAUUUCCUCUGCUUUGUUGGGCUGCUGACAACAACAGAGUCCUGCUUAGCACUCCUCAGAAGAGUAGGAAGGAGCUGCUAGUUGUGGAUACAAAUAUGGGAAGUGUAAAGUCUGUUACAGCAGGAAAGCCAGAAGGUAGCUGGACUCUUCUGGGAAUUCAGCAGGAUCUCCUCAUGGCAAGCUGUUCAUCUCCUAAUUGUCCUCCAAGCCUGAAGGUGGGUGUGCUUCCUCCUACAGGGAACGAAUUGGGAUUGCAGUGGAUGAGUGUGGAGGAAGCCUCUGUAUUGCCCAACAUGGAAUGGAAAAUUCUGACAGUGCACCCUCCAGUGUUUGAGGAGAGCCGCCCAUACACUGUUCAGGCAUUUGAAGCCCUGUUGCUGAGUCCUCAAGGGAGCAAGGAAGGUGAAAAGGCCUUUCCCCUUAUUGUUUCCCCACAUGGUGGUCCACAUGCUGUUUUUGAUGCCUGUUGGCAUCCAACCAUGGCAUGUCUCUGCCAGCUGGGUUUUGCUGUGCUCAUGGUGAAUUACAGGGGCUCCCUGGGUUUUGGCCAGGCUAGCAUUGAUUCACUGAUCUCCCACGUGGGUGUACAAGAUGUGGAAGACACUCAGCUGGCAGUGGAAUUGGCACUGCACAUGGCACCCCUGGACCCAAACAGAAUUGCCUUGUUAGGAGGCUCUCAUGGUGGCUUCAUCUGUUGUCAUUUGAUUGGUAAAUAUCCAGAUAUGUACAGAGUCUGUGCCGUCAGAAGCCCUGUCAUCAACAUGGCUACUCUACUGGGGACAUCUGACAUUCCUGAUUGGCGGUAUGCAGCUCUGGGUGUGCCUUACUGCUUUGAGCGAAUUCCCACUGAAGAGGAUCUGGCUACCAUGCUGCUCAGCUCCCCCAUAAUUCAUGCUCCAAAGGUUCAAGCACCUGUAUUGCUCUGUGUAGGUGCCAGGGACCGUCGAGUAUCUCCUUACCAAGCUAUGGAAUAUUAUCGUGUGCUGCAAGCCAGAGGUAUCCCUGUGCGCCUUCUGUGGUAUCCUGAGGAGAAUCAUGCCAUAAGUGGAGUGGAGGCCAAAGCAGAUCUCUUUAUGAAUUGUGCACAGUGGAUCAUGCAUUACCUCUCUGUGGAAGGAGAUACUGAAGGCCAUCAGCUUGCUUAAAAUGCUGAAUCCUAAUAAUGUUGUUAAGCAAACUGUGUGUGGAAAUAUAAAUCCUGCAUAAAGACCCUCUAGAUAAAUCUAGUCUUCACACUAUUGCAGGAGUUCAUUUCUUUACCUGCCUCCCUGCUCUGAAGCAAGCAAAUAAGUUGUUGGUUUUGAAGACUUCUGCAUCGCUAGCAAUAUUGUGGCACUAGGUCUUUCAAGGAAAUCUGUUGCAAAUAGUACAACAGUCUACUCUGACUUAAUUCUGAGAUAAAACUGGCUUAUAACACUUCAUAUUGCAAAUAAAAUUCCUGCCAUAGUGCUCUACUGCACAUUUUCCCCAUCCAAAACAAUUGGAAUCGUCGUUUGCUUGUUUAAAGCAGUGAUUGCUAGACUUUGGUCUUCUAGAUGUUUUUACUUCAGAUCCCACAAUUCUCGAGUGUUGGCCAAGCUGGCUGGGGAUUCUGGGAAUUGAAGUCUAAAACAGCUGGAGGACCAAAGUUUGGGAAGCACUGGUUUAAAGUCUAUUAUUGCAGUAAAAAAAUUGCCACGCUGGCAUAUCUUUACUGUGUUUUCUCAAAGAAAGUUCAAAGGGGUUCAGAUUAUGUUUACUAAAAGCAGACUUCUUGUGUUCUCUUAUGAAGUUCCCUAAUAAAAUAUUUACUGAUG